AUGUGUGCACCAUUGUACACAGCAGCAACAGGAUUAAAAUAUCAGAAACAUACACUAAAUACAUCUUUCUUCUGCAUACCUAAUAUUCUGUUUGUUGAAAUCAAAUGUUUUUUUUAUUUUGUUUUACAGAUUGGUACCUGGGACCCAGCUAGUGGCCUGAACAUGACAGAACACCAGAAGGGGAAGACAACUAACGUCUCAGACUCACUGUCCAAUCGAUCCCUGAUUGUUUCCACCAUACUGGAAGAGCCGUAUGUGAUGUUCAAGAAGUCUGACACCCCGCUGUAUGGGAACGACCGCUUUGAAGGCUACUGCAUAGACCUGCUGAGAGAGCUGGCCAACAUCCUGGGGUUCAUCUAUGAGAUUCGCCUGGUGGAAGAUGGAAAAUACGGUGCACAGGAUGAGAACACAGGCCAGUGGAAUGGCAUGGUCAAAGAAUUAAUGGAUCACAGAGCUGAUCUGGCAGUGGCUCCCCUCGCCAUCACAUAUGUGCGUGAGAAGGUUAUUGACUUCUCCAAGCCCUUCAUGACGCUGGGUAUAAGUAUACUGUACCGCAAGCCCAAUGGGACCAACCCUGGGGUCUUCUCCUUCCUCAACCCUCUCUCGCCUGAUAUCUGGAUGUAUAUUCUGCUGGCUUACUUGGGUGUCAGUUGUGUGCUGUUUGUCAUAGCCAGGUUUAGUCCAUACGAGUGGUAUAACCCCCACCCUUGCAACCCUGACUCGGAUGUAGUGGAAAACAAUUUCACCCUGCUUAAUAGUUUCUGGUUCGGAGUUGGAGCUCUCAUGCAGCAAGGAUCUGAGCUCAUGCCAAAAGCCCUUUCCACCAGAAUUGUGGGAGGAAUCUGGUGGUUUUUCACUCUCAUCAUCAUCUCCUCCUACACGGCAAACCUGGCUGCUUUUCUCACUGUGGAAAGGAUGGAGUCACCCAUCGACUCUGCAGAUGAUCUGGCCAAGCAGACAAAGAUUGAGUAUGGAGUGGUAGAAGAUGGCUCCACCAUGACAUUUUUCAAGAAAACAAAGAUUUCCACAUAUGAUAAAAUGUGGGAAUUCAUGAGCAGUCGGAGGCACUCUGUUAUGGUGAAGAAUGUCGAGGAAGGCAUUCAUCGUGUGCUCACCUCAGACUAUGCAUUCCUCAUGGAGUCAACCACGAUUGAGUUUGUAACACAACGCAACUGUAACCUCACACAGAUCGGAGGCCUUAUUGACUCCAAAGCCUAUGGUGUUGGAACCCCAAUGGGCUCUCCGUACAGAGAUAAGAUCACUAUUGCCAUACUGCAGCUACAGGAGGAAGGGAAGCUGCACAUGAUGAAAGAGAAGUGGUGGAGAGGAAAUGGAUGUCCAGAAGAGGAGAGCAAAGAGGCCAGUGCACUUGGAGUGCAGAACAUUGGAGGGAUCUUCAUCGUCCUGGCAGCUGGACUUGUUCUCUCUGUGUUUGUGGCUGUUGGAGAGUUCUUGUACAAGUCCAAACAGAACGCCCAACUGGAAAAGAGGUCCUUCUGCAGUGCCAUGGUGGACGAGCUGCGAGUCUCACUGAAGUGUCAGCGACGUCUAAAACACAAACCCCAGCCGCCUGUCAUAGUGAAAACAGAAGAGGUCAUCAACAUGCACACCUUCAACGACCGAAGACUGCCAGGGAAAGAGACCAUGGCCUAAAUCAGGAACCUCAAUCACUUUCCCACUCACGCUCCUGUACUGAGGUUGAGUGCAAAGACACUUGGAAAAAGAGUGUGGGUAAAUGGUAGAUUGGAGCAAUAAGUUCUUAAAGUUGACAGUUGAGUUAUAGAGCAAGAUAGCUUUGCAGUACAUUGCUGAAAUGUCAUUCUUCUGUAUUUUUAAUUAGCUGGGGAUAAGCGAACCAACGAUAUUUCCUGUGGAAAUAACUUAAACCUGUGAAAUAUUUCAGCAAGUUACCUCAUUAUUCUUACCACACUGGCAACUAACUACAGAUACCAGGAUUUUCAAAACUCCAGAGUUGAAAGAGACAGUUUUGGAAUAAAUUUUAAGGAAAUGAAAGUAGCUGCUUUAAAGGGAAAAAAAAAGAAAAGGAAUUAGACUGACAAUCUUGCUUCUCAGUCAUCAUACAGUGGGUGGUCAACCUGAGAAUGGGGAAAUACUUUCUAAAGGUUUCUUUUUUUUUCAAAUGUCAGAAGAAUGACCACAGAGACUCUCGGCUAAUUUUGCUCUAACUAUGAAGAUGAUGGCAAGCAAUGCUUACAAAAUAUACAGGGAGGCAUUGCUGAGCCAAUUAUGACACUAAUACUAAAAGUGGGUAUACUGUGUACCAUCCAUCAGGCAAUAAGUGAAUUCAUUUGUUUGUGUUUCAGAGUACUAACACUUUUUGUUUUCAAUAGAAAAAGAGCUGAUUUUUAAAGGCUACUGUAUACGGUACAUUUAAAGCAGAGAAUGCACAACCGGGGGCAAUGCAUAGUGGACUGAUGGUGUCCAAGUGUCAGCCAGUACUCAAAAGUAUGCAGAUAUGUUGGAAAUACACACACCUUAAAUGCUUUCAGACAGGGAAUGGUUCCCAUUAUGACUGGCUGUGAUAUCUGUCUUCUCUGUUUUUGGUGUGUAUGCCACAGGCUGCUGUUGACAACAAUCUACACAGUCCAGUUUCAUUACACUAAGAAACAAAAGAUGUGAUGACACGUCCAUUUUUAUAACAAAAAAACUGUUAUCACAACAGAUUUUGAAGCUGAACUGUGUGUUUACUGUUAAAGAAAAGAUGUCAUUCAGGUAGAGUGGUGCCAGGACACUCACUUUAGGUUUGGUGGUUGCCGUGGUCAAACAGAGACCAAUCACAGCACAGAGCCAUGUGCAACCACUUGAGUGUAGCUGACAUGUUUGACAGUCAUGAAGGGAUGUUCUAGCUGUCUGAAAACACUACGUACAGUGCCUUGCAAAAGUUUUCAUCCCUCUUGGUAAUUUUUCUAUUUUGUUGCCUUUCAACCUGAAACUUGAUUGGGUUUUUAAUUUGGUUGAAGUCAACAAUUCUGCAAAAAUACUUCCGAUUAAUGAAGGUCAAAUUAAAUUUGUUUUAAGUAUUUUUAAAAAGUAUAAAACGUAAAAAUAGUGUGAGCAUUAGUAUUUUAACCAAAACUCAGUACUCUGAGGUGCAUUUUUAUAUCAAUUCCAGCAUGAAGUCUCUUGAUGAUCAUCUCCGUAAUUUUGACCUUCUGAAUAUGGAUUUUUAUUGUUGUUCCCCAUUCUUCAUGACUAAACUGCUCCAGCUCCUUCAGGCUGAAUGGGAGAUGUUUGUGUCUAUUGUAAUCUUUAAAUUAAAUCUGAGAUUCUAAGUUGAAUUGAGAUCUGAGGUUUGACUGGACCAUUCCAGGACGUCCUUAUAGCAAGUGUUGCGUGUGUUUACGUUCCUUGUUCUGAAGACAAGUGAACUUCUGUCCUAGUCUCAAAUCUCUGGAAGACUCCAUUAAGCUCCUCUCAAGAAUUUCACUGUUCUGCCCCAUGCAUAUAUCCUUUAAAGAGGACUUAUCAAUGCAAAUGUCUCUAUUUUUAGCCAUUAGAUGAAUUUACUGUGUACUUGGAGUAUCUAUGAGGGCAGAAAUUUAGUAUUUAGUCUUUCCCAGUGCUGCAAACAUAUUUUUAUAUUCUGUUUGGGUCCUUUUUUUCAACUUGUGCAGCUUUCUCUGUUUCCUAUGACGUUUUCUGAACUACUACUGUACGUCAAGGAAUUUGCAAUAGACCCACCAACUAAAAUAUUGUCACAUUUAUUUUCCUCUGGCUCUGGAUCAGACUCUGGCUCCAACAUGUAAGGCUGGAUGGACAAGUCUUCCCUUGUUGACAUCUUUUAAAAAAGUAAUAAUCUUUAGUUGAAACCUUUCUCUCAAAGUACAAAGGACCACUCUGUAAGCUGGAGGUGGGUGUGAGGUGUGAAGCAUCUCAUUUGCACUUAAAAAAGACAGCCUCAAAACAAGUUGCUUUGAGACACACCUCAGAAAAGGGGUAAGAGUGGCUUGUGGAUUUACAAGGAGGAAUUCAGACCAAAGAAAUUUAUAUAGACCACAAAUACAGAAAAUGGAUGGAUGGAUGGAUGG